ACAUCAUCUCCUUCACAAGAGGGAGCGUAUAAACCUUAUGAAAAAAGACUAGACUACUUGGAGACCAAAGUCGUCCUAUCCGAAGACAUGGGGACCAAGUCAACCUAUAGACAUCGUCUACUUCACGAGAACACUGAGGAACUGAUAGAUGAAAAGCCAAAUAUCCAUCGCCUAUGGGCAGUCAUGAAGUAUUUGGAGGAGGAGGAUCUCAAUAGGUCCACCGCCUAUGGGCAGACAUGGACAUAUUGGCCUUUUCAUUCAGGAACCCUUCAUGACAACCAACCUCACCGCCUACGGGCAGACAAAUUCGCUCAUAAACAACCCACGACUGAAAAUAUUAUAAAGUCUCUUCAAACAUCCUAUGAGCUAGCGAAGACUGGUAAUCAUGUAAAAUCCAUGCAAAACGUUGUUUUAAAUAAACAUAAGAAAUUAGUACAUAGUACAUAUGACGUCAUUCAAUUUUUAUUUGCUAUACUUAGUAUUAGUACAUGA